CAUUAUUAUUUAAUCAUCCGAAAUUAAGGUUUUGGUUACUUGUUAGUUCAACCAUUAGUGUCGUCUGUUGCUUACAUAACUGUCAAAUAGGUCUAACCUAAAAAUGUCAGCAAAAAGCAAUUUAUUACUUAAAAUCCGUAAUUUUUCAUCUGUUAAACGCACAUUCACCGCCACUAAAGUCAUAUUCAACAAACCACCUACACCCGCACGUCCUGCCAGUGCUGAUUUAUCGAUCCCCGAUGUCGAUGGUCUGAGUAGUGCUUGUGUUAAAGUUCCAAAUCACCCUGUAGGACCCGGAGCUGCUAAAGACACCAACUACAAAAAUCCGGAAUAUUUCUGCUACGACAAGAACAGUUAUUUUGAAGCUGAAAUUGAAAUGGCCGAGUUCCGUUGCCCACAACCAGAUAACAAAGUUCCAUAUUAUCAGAAGAAGUAAACAAUCAUAUUUGCAUUGUGUAUAGGUCUUUAAUUAAUAGAUGUAAAUAAAUUAUUUCAGUUGC